CUUGGUACACUCCUGGCUCACAUCCAGCAGGACCUGGGACUAGAAGGAACAUUCCUCAGUGAAGUGCUCUACAAAAAUGCGACUUUCCUCAACUUGGUGGAUCCCAUCUCCCAUGACUUGCUGAUGAGCCUUGCUAGAGAUCUGCAGUGUCCCAAAAAGGAAUAUGACCCCUGGAAAUCCUCAGACAGGAUCUGCAGGCAGCUGAUUUAUCACCUAACUCCCCACUCGAAAUGGCACCGGCACGGCAUGCCCCGGAGGAAGUCCCAAGUGUGCCUGAAGACCAGCCUGCAGAAGAAGGUGAGCCAGGACUCCGUGGAUUUGUCAGGGAUCCCUCUGACCAUGCGGGAUGUCCACCGCAUGGCCUACUACCUGCAGAACAACGGGGACCACCUCACCUCUGUGGACCUGAGCUUCACCGAGCUGAAUGACGACAUGGUACGCCUGCUGCUGCCCUUCCUCUGGGCACUACCCAAGCUCACUCACCUUUCCCUCAAUGGCAACCGACUGACGCGGGCGACCAUGAAGGAGCUGACUGACACCAUGAAGGACAUGAACAAGUUCCCUUGCCUGGCCUGGGUUGACCUCGGCAACAACGUGGACGUCUCCUCCAUGCCGCAGCCAUUGCUCGUGGGCCUGCGCAAGCGCCUCAGCCAGCAGACCACGCUGCCUACCAUCUAUGAGGCGCUUGACUGCGACUCAGAGAUCUCCAGCGGGCAUGAGGGCAGCCAGCCAGAGGACGAAGCAGCAGGAAGCACCCCGUCACGUGCUUUCUCUCAGCAGGGCUGUGAGAGGUGACUGGACAACAGGCCAGCACUGGCACACUGAAGCCACCCCAAGGAGAAGUCUUGAGUACAAACAUCAAGCAGGGGGCCAGCUUUACUGGCUUCCUUUGGCUCUUUUCUCUUGCCUUCCCUGACAUCUCCCCC